GAUCAGUCAUGACGCCCAAAGAGUGGUUCGCUUUGCUCCUGUUUUAUGCUGCGUACCUGUUUAUGGGCGCCAGCGUGUUUUACCACGUUGAAAACGAUCUGGAAAAGGAGCGACGGGUUGAAGAGCUGGCCGAGAGGAUCGAAAUUAAUGAAAUGCUCGUGAAAUAUUUGUCCCCGGAAGAUGAGAUAUUGCAACGUAAGCUUAUUGGACGGUUGGACGAUUACUGUGGCAGUAAAGUGACGAAUUACACCGAAGACGAAUACGAACCACCGUACGUUUGGGACUUUUACCAUUCGUUUUACUUUGCCUUCAUUAUCUGUUCAACAGUGGGUUAUGGAAAUAUCUCACCGCACAAUACGUUUGGACGAAUAUUUUUAAUCUUUUACGCACUAAUCGGUCUGCCAGUGAACGGAUUCUUCUUUGCGUACGUUGGCGAGUUUUGGGCAAGAGGUUUUGUUCGACUCUACCGCCGUUACAAAGCUUAUAAAUUAUCCGCCAACGCUCGGUACGCGCCACGUAGGAUCAGCUUCAUCGGACAGAUCGUUCUGUACCUCAUACCGGGCGUGAUCGUGUUCAUUUUCUUACCGGCGUGCAUAUUUACGUACUUCGAGCAGUGGCCGUAUGACGUGUCCGUCUACUAUUCGUUCGUAACGCUUACGACGAUCGGGUUCGGCGACUAUGCGGCAUCGUUUCAGCCGUCGCAGGAGCACGAUUUCGGGUCGCUCUUUACCGUCUACAAAAUAUUUAUCAUAUUUUGGUUUUUCGCCGGCAUCGGUUAUAUUUUUAUGAUUUUGGGCUUUAUUGCCAAAGGCAUAUCGCACAAAAAAAUACAAGAACUGGAAAAGCUUGUUGCAUCCAACCUGAAGGAAACGCAGCAUCGUGUGUGGAACGGAGUUACCAAAGACAUUAGUUACCUGCGAAAGAUACUGAAUGAGGUGUACAUGCUUAAGUUUAAGCCCGUGUACGAGGAACCUUCGGACCGGUUGUUGAGUCUCUCGAAAAGUCGAUCGAGCUCCUGCCCGGAGCUGUCGAUGUACCGUGCGCCAGAAUUGUGCAUCACUCGACGCAAGCGUGCCAACUCGGAAAGUGUGCUAGUGUUUUCGGAACCAAAGCCGCUCGGCAGUGGAUCACUGGUGCGCCGUCUCUCCGAUACCGCCCUAAAUCGUAUCAAUCGUGAGAAAACGUUCGGUGUACAGGCGCUGGUGCAACCGGCCGAACUGUUGGCACGGGUUGUAACGGCGCUGGGUAAUAUUACGGCCAAUCCGGACGACAAUCAGAGCUUCCUCGAGCAAGCUUCGCUGAAUGCGGGCGUGAACUGUUUUUCGGACUCGCAAAUAUUGGCCAGCGAACGAACGUGGUCCGGCUGGUCGAUGAGCGGAUCGGACAAGAGUGCCUAUUUGACGGCACCGCCAAUGCGUCCUCGUGCUGCGUCCGACAUUGGGCUUCCGCCUCACGUUACAUCACAGGAUGCAAACGAGUGGACUUGGAGCGGUGGAGACAACAAUCAGAUACAGCAGAUAUUAACAAUACGGCAGAAAGUGAAGCAAAAAGAUAACCUUCUGCGGGCGGCCCUGUCCAACAAUACCAACUUUGACUCUAGCCUGACGAUAAAUGUUCCACCGACCAGUUCAGACAGCAAAGCUUCGGCUGUAAAUCGUGGCAUGCUGCGCCGACUCAAUCCAUUCCGCAAGCGUUCCAAGACGCCCGCCCCGGACCUUGAAUCUGGCCCACCGCUCGAUUCGUACCUAUCGGCCACGAGCAAGGGUCGCAGUUCCAUGUUUAAUCUUCCAACAUCGUCCUAUCUGAUGGCAACCUCGCGUGGUCGGGGUAGCAUUCUUUCGAUGCCACCACAGGAUGAGCAUCUGCUAGAAACGACCACGAUAGGUGAUCUGUUGCGUGCGUUGGAGCGAAUGCACACGGAUACGGUAACGGCCGGAGAUCAUCGAGGAAGCUUCGCAGAGCAAAAUGAUUCCUUUGGGCGCAAGCGUACCGUCCAGCAGCCGUCAUGCGUAGGGCAAAGCAAUUUACCGUCACUGCUAACCCUGUUCACACCACCGAUCGAGCCCGGGUCACGGCGUGGUUCGAUAAAACCCCCGCUAGGACGUACCGGAAGUGCGGACUCUGCACCGAUUAUGCGACGACCAUCGUUCCGUCCAUCAAAUCCCCCAUCGUACUCGGCCACGGUAUCGGGUUCGCCGGGAGGCAGUGGAAGUCCAACGCUUAGCGUCAUCAGCCCAUCGCCCAAACCGAUCCGCCGACGGUUUAGCGUACGUCCGUCGAAUCUCGCCUAUCCGCCCGGUCACUGUCCUCGCCCAUUGGCCGGUGGUACCGAACAGUUGAAUUCAUCGUCCCAAUCGUUGCACAACCUACCGACGACAACAUUGCAGCGAAGGCUCUCAUCCCGUCCGAGUCCGCUAGUCACAAACCAAUCGUCACACCUGUCCGUACCGACGGCAAUGUCUAGUGCGGCGGCCGGAAUCAAUGCUUCCGGUGGAGGUCAGUUCCGGUGGCGGCCGAAUCUGAUGCGAUCCGAUUCGGACCAAACGGCUGCACCAAGCGGAUUGCCAGCGGCGAACAGUGGGCGCAACCGUCACAGCAGCUUGUCGAACUUGUUCGAUCAGAAGCGCUAG